AUGUCAUGCAGCGACUGUACCUCAGACAAACCCUCAGACAACCUAUCGCGCGAGCCUCAUCACCAUGAUGGAUCUCUCCUACAAAGACCAUUUCAGUUAAUUGUCAAAUAUCUACCGGAGGGAUCCGCAUUGCUUUCAUCCUCGUGCUGUUGGCUACCAACUGUUUUAGAUUUUCUCUUUGCAGGUUCGGUGGCCACGGCUGGCAUCGAGAAACUACGAAAUGUUUUUCUUGCGAUCUCAAUUCUAACCCUUCUCUGGGGCGUGCGACGCGAGGGACUCAGUCGUAGAAUGCUGUGGCGUAUCUCGAUCUGUGUCGGAUUGCUGGCCUGGGAGCAAUUGAAUCGGUGGGGAAAGGUCGAUGGCAAGGGAAAGCACAGCUGUCAUUAA